AUGUCUAGCAUCAUGUGGUUUUGGUAUUUGGGUUGGUCCUUCACCACUUUAGCACUGAUUGGAAAUGGCCUCGUGAUCUUCCUUGUAAUCUCCAAACGGAUUCCGCGCACUACGACGAACUGGCUCAUUGUGUCGCUUGCAGUUGCAGAUUUUUGUUCUGCGCUGACCUUCUUACCACCCAUGUUUAUCGCGAACUUUUACUACAUGAUAGAUCUUAGCCAUGCUGGUUUGUGGUACAAGAUAUGCUAUACCUUUAUGUACUGCUCUACCGCGAACCUGUGUGUUCUAACAGCGGAUCGCUUUGUUGCCGUAGUCAAACCGCUCAAGUAUGCCUCUUUGAUGGAAAGGAGAAGCCCGAGUCUGCUGAUUUGUAUGCCGUGGCUUACUCCAUUGAUAUUCUUCACCCUGCCGUCUGCUUUUUCUUACCAAGGAAAUGAGUCAUUCACCGCGACAUUUGAGAUCAACAGAGUUUUUAUGUUUCAAGUUAUUCCCUCCAUAGUCUUUGUGUUGGUCACUUGCAUUCUGAUUUACAUCGCCAACAAGCUUCAGCGCCAAACCGCUGCACUGGAAGCUCAAGUUCGCUAUAAUUAUGCUUUUCCAAAGAUCAAUGUCAUCAAGAAGACGCGACAUCCCGAGAGGAGAGCAGCAGCCAUGACCAUUUUGAUUAUUACGCUGUUCAAUGUCACUUACGCCGGAGGAAAUUACAUUUGUUACUGCUUUAUAACCACAACAUGCGUUGUUCCUCACACAUUGUAUAGGGCAAUUCAUCUUAUGUUUAUCAUCAAUGUUGCAGCAAAUCCAAUUGCAUACGCCUUUCUAAAAAAGGACAUUAGGAAGGCUAUUCUCAGAUUAUUCAUUUACAACUACAACUAA